UGCAUGCUGGAGGCACCGCACCGCUCUUCAGGAUGGCGUCCCCUGACACCUCACUGCUUAUCCAGGUACAAGGACGGAUCGUGUUUCUGAUGCUAGUGGUUCCGUUGUGCUCCAUAACGCCUCUGGGAGCUGCUGGUGACGCAACCAGUACAUUUGACACUCACAUCGUCCCCGCCUCCAUCCCUGGGAGCGGCGUGCCCGGCCAGGACUACCCGCUCCUCUCCGCCGUGCCUGACACCGGGUUCUUCUGCAAGGAUCAACCGCUCCCGGGCUACUACGCCGACACUGCAUUGGAAGCUGCUUGUCAGGUGUUUCAUUUCUGCCAUCCUGAUGGCCGCCAGGACUCCUUCCUGUGUCCUAACGGUACUGUUUUCAGCCAGCAGUACUUCGUGUGUGACUGGUGGUACAACGUUGACUGCGCUGCCUCGGAGAAGUAUGGAAGGAAGACUAUUGUAGCAGCGGCUGUUACUGAUCAGGUUGCAGGUGCUUUAGGAAAAGGAGGCUUUAACCCGGCCAGCGUCGAGGACGGAGCCAACAUCAAGUCGAUCCAUCACCCCGUCCCACUUAGUACACCCCCCAGCAGUCACAAGCAGACCCAAAACACCCUGAUGCCUCGUACAGCUGCCCCCGAGCCUCACACUCCGCCUGCAAUAAGGAGGACCAUCAGCCAGCACCCAACUGCACAGACCCUUCCACAAGCCUCACUCACUCAGGACCUGCCGUUAACCCGUCCUGUCCUCUCAAAUCAAUCAGUCCCCUUGACCAGUCAACCACUUCAGAAUCCUCCACUCAAAAAGCAAGCAAACCGGUCAUCACAGUCAUCCACUUCAAAUCCGGCCAACGAGUCAAACCCGGACAGCGUCCCUCAGUCUUCAGUCACGUAUACACAAUAUUCAAACAACCUGCCUUUCCCUCAAGACUCGUUCAUCCAAAGUCACCAGUCAAUCUAUCAAACUCUCCCACAGUCCACAGUCACCCAGAAUCAUAGUCCUACUCAUCACUUCCCCUCGCAGCUUGUUUCGAAACAACACCCACGCUUCCCAACUCUAUUCAGAGAAGAUGUCACAGACCUGCCGCCUAUACGAACUCAUUUUCCUUCAGUAGAGCAGCCAUCGAGCCCGCGGUUAUCCCCAGUCACUCUGCACAAUGCAAAUAAUGCAAAUAUCGACCUAAACAGCAGCGAGUCUUUGAGAGACGAAACGCACACUUUCCCCGCUCAAGUUAAUGAGCAGGCGAAUAGCUUGGCUUCGUCCCAGUUCAAAAAGGAUCAUGCAGGUAAACAUGACUUCAGAGUUUCUUUGGAAGCUGGAAACUACUGGACUGAUCUCCAUGUGCCGCAUGAAGAGGAACGUGUGUUGUACGAUGAAGUUUACUCCGCCACCCUUUUUCCACCAAACAUACCACAAGUUGCCGAUGUAUACGACGCCGCCAGAGGGACUGUUCAUAUAGAUGUCGUGAAAGAGACUGUCGGUGGUUCAUCAUUCCCAGCACUGCCAGCAUCUACCCAUGAGAUUUUUCUUACCAAAGGUUCUCUGCUUCCUGUUCCAAAGCCUCACCGCAUACAGACAAAGCCAAAACACAAGCCGGUAAUUUCUAACAGGAUUCCGCGUACUCAAGAUUUAGCCACGACUCACGAGGACUCCUGGCGUGGCAUAUCUUCAUCCUUGGUCAUUCCAGACUCACAUGAUCAUGUCCAAUCGCGCCAUUCUUUACCGCCGCUCCAUCACUUGUUGAGUGGCCACUACAUUCCCAAUGCCACGUCCACGAGUCUCGCUGCCACAAGCGAUUCGACGCCUCCACAUCCACUGGGGGCAACACGCGACUCGACGCCUCCACACCCACUGGCUGCAACACACGAUUCAACGUUUCCACACCACGUCUGGAGACCAAGUUAUGGCCCCUUCCCUUUAUCGCAGGUGACUUCGCCGACCUCUGACGUUACAUUGAGCUCUUUCCAUUCGCUUCCACAAGCACGCAGUAUUUCAUCGGCAAUGCCUGAACCAUCCCAAGUGUCCAAUGCGCAGCUGUCAUCGCGCGAAUCUUUCAGAGUAAUCAACGAAACGUUCCCGCCGAGCUACAGUUCUGUAACAAACCACAACUCAUUCUUUUCCGAAUUGCAUGACACAUCAGAACCAUCUCAGUUGCCUUCUACGGUCUACAAGUCACUUCCUGUACACCAAGGUACCACAGAAUCACGUCUGUUGCCUUCUGUUGUCCAUAAAUCACCUGCUCAGCUCCACGGGAUCCCCAAACCAUACCAGCUGCCCUUAACUACACACAAGUCACCUGCUGGACACCAUGACACCUCAGAACCUCCGUCGCAAUCUUUUACGGUUUCGUCACCUGUGGAACACUUUAGCACCCAAGAUCCACUUCAACUGUCUUUUGUUGUCCACAAGUCACCUGCUGAACACCACGAUACCCCAGAGCCACUUUCAUUGUCUUCUACUGUACACAAUUCACCGGAAACUAGAAGCCGCCCUCUCCCAAACUCCCGCCAGUCAUUUUUGGUCAUCCACGAAAAGUUACCGUUGCGCCAAGGGGCUGAACUACCCCCUCACCACGUCCUUCUUCUAACAGACAACCUUCCAGUCCAGCCACGCCCAUUUGAACUGCCCUCAUGAUGAUCAAUAACCACUCACGGGCAGGCAGGUCGACUUCUGACAUCCGCGACCCGUUAUUGGUGAUUCAGGAGUAGUCCCUCAAAGUUCAUGACACUUCAGUACUACCACACCCACGGCCUGUUCCUGUUUAAAUAAGUCUCCUUGAACCCAACCACAGCUACGUCACCACACUCAGAGCCCCACGCCAGUUUUCGUCGUAACUUUUCAAAUUCUUUCAGUCCUUUUACCUGCGUCAUUAACCGAGAUCUGAUCACGCGCUAAACUCGUGAUGUCCAGCCAGUAACUCCCGGAAAGAGCUCAAACGGAUCUUUAGGUACGGCUGCAACCUCACAUCACAUCCACACACUCUUGGGAGAAGGGCACAACCCCCGACACAUGGUGCCCAGUCACUGCUGGGUGGACAGUGGGCACAGAUUAAAGGAGGCUGUCCAUCUGUCUCUGUACCACCCAGGAAUCAAACCUGGGACAUAUCAAUUGUGAGACAAAGCCCAACCACGCCACAGAGCCUCGUGUGUGUGUGUGUGUGUGUGUGUGUGUGUGUUGCUACUGUCUGUAUCUGUUUGUGGAUAUAUUCACAUACCUGGGCCAUGUCAUCAACAGGGAAAGGACCGAUGAUGAUGACAUCAAGAAGCAGACCACCAAGCUCACAGUCAUCGGCAACACGCUGCUGAGGAAAUUCUCCUUCUGCAGCACGGAGGUGAAGUUGGAGUUAUUCAAGAGCCACUGCUACUCUUUCUAUUGCAGCUCGCUUUGGUCGCGGUAUGGGGCUGCCUCCAUGAACCAUCUUAGGGUCUGUCAUAACGACAUCUUCAAGCGGCUUUUGGGGCUUCGUAGAUGGACUAGCUCAUCCCUGUCCUUCACUGGGCACGGGAUGAACUGUCUGGCUGUGCUGCGUCGCCACGCCCCGUACAGUAUGAGGAGUAGAGUGGAACAAUCUGGGAACUCCAUCAUCACCUCCGUCAAACAGAGCUCGGCCUGUGUAUGUGGAUCAAUGCGGCGGGAGUGGCUGGGUCUUCUGUCCGUGUAUAUUCUGCAUAAGUGUGCCGUGCAAACGCAUAUAUAAUUAUAAGCUGUCAUUAUUUAAGCGUAUAUGUAUCUCGAUUGAUCUCGUUUGUUUACUUGUCCUGUUUUCUUCUACAUGCUGCUGGGCGAAAUAAGUGUAAGACAGGUCGCCUACUUCCUGUUUGUUACUAAUAAUUUUCGUUGAUGAUCUCAGAAGUAUUAAAGGUUCUGAGCCAGACGUACUAAUUGAUGACACCAGGCAUGGAAGUAUACAAAAAAUAUCUUUACUUUAGGAAUAUUGUAAGAAUUAUGGAAUGGUAAUUAACCAAUCUAAGACUAAUGUUUUCUCUAAAAGCGGCAGUGCAGUGAACAGAGCCAUUGGUGGUGUACGUGUUAGUGCUGGAACACUGUCAUAUGUGUAUGUAUGCGCCUAUAGGUUCACCCUUCACCAGCGAUGAACGUAUUUCUUCUUCUGUUAAAGGACAUGCAAAUGCUAAGAUGUCUCAUGUUCUGAAAUUCGUGUCAUUUAAAAAUAUAAAUAAUGAUGUGCUUUCAAUAUUUAGAACCGUGUGUUUGAUGCAGAUCUCAUAUCUUCUCUGAUAUACGCACGUGAAUCAUGGCUGUGUGCUGCCCUGAAGCCUGUAAGAAAGCAGUAAAACUGGUGAUUGAAACAUUUACUAGAUGUGAGAAGAACCACGUGUAACAUGUAUGUUAUGCAGAAUCAGGAAAUCUUCUUCUUCAGGAAAUAGUAAAACAAGUAA